AUGGGCCACAUUGAUCGCACAUUCUGCAGAGAUGCAGCCUUACUGUUGCGCCUCGCCAAAGAAGGGUGUAUUAUUGAAUACGAUUUCUUUGGCAUGUCGGAAUCAUGGACCCAUACUCUGCAAUUCAAUGUUGAAGUGCCUUCUGAACAUGACCGUUUAAGGAUGAUCAGAACUCUGAUCGAUGCGGGACACGGUUCACAAGUGGUGAUUGCGCACGACAUCUAUACCAAACACAGACUAAAGAAAUUUGGCGGACACGGUUUUGCGUUCAUCGUAGAAAUAAUCAUACCUUUCUACGUAUCGAAGGGAUUCACGGAAGGGGAAUUAGUGGAAAUCUUAGUUCACACUCCACGACGUCUAUUGACUUUGGCUGACAAGGAAUUGUAG